AUGAACCUAAACCCCGACCCCCCCGGCGCCGCUCUCGAAAAAUACGGCACAGACCUAACCGCCCUCGCCUCCGAAGGCAAACUCGACCCCGUCAUUGGCCGCGACGAAGAAAUCCGACGUACCCUUCAAAUCCUGUCACGAAGGACGAAGAACAACCCCGUCCUCGUCGGACAUGCAGGAGUGGGUAAGACGGCCGUGAUGGAGGGUUUGGCGCAGAGGAUCGUGAGGGGUGAGGUAGGCGAUAGCAUGAAACAAAAACGGAUCAUCUCGCUCGAUCUCGGGUCCCUCAUCGCCGGUGCGAAAUAUCGCGGUGAAUUCGAAGAGAGACUCAAAGCCGUUCUCAAAGACGUCGAGGACGCAAAGGGUAGUAUCAUCCUCUUCAUCGACGAACUCCACUCCCUCCUCGGCCUUGGCGGCGAUGGUUCGGGUGCUUUAUCCGCCGCGAAUCUUUUGAAACCCGCACUCGCGCGUGGAACGCUCCAAUGUUGCGGCGCCACGACCCUCGCCGAAUACCGCCAAUAUAUCGAGAAAGACGCAGCCCUCGCCCGUCGGUUCAUGGCCGUCCAACUCGCCGAACCGACCGUCCAGGACGCUAUCUCAAUUCUCCGAGGUUUGAAGGAGAGGUAUGAGGUUCAUCAUGGAGUAAGGGUUCACGAUGCGGCACUGGUCGCUGCGGCGAGGUUGUCGUAUAGGUAUCUACAGGACCGGAAACUACCGGAUAAGGCGAUUGAUUUGGUGGAUGAGGCGUGUUCGGCUCUGAGGCUGCAGUUGGAGUCAAAACCGGAUAGUAUUGCGAAGCUCGAUCGGAGUAUUAUGAGGAUCGAGAUCGAGCUUGAGAGUUUGCGGAAAGAGGAGGAUUUGGCGAGUGUGGAGAGGCGGGAGGCAUUGGAGAAGGAGUUGAGGGAGAUGAAGGAGGAACAAGCCGAAUUGACCAAAAAGUGGGACGAGGAACGCGCAGAACUCGACAAAGUCAAGACCGCAAAAGCGGAUCUAGAACAAGCCCGCACCGACCUCGAACUCGCGCAGAGAGCGGGCGAUUACGGAAAAGCGUCCGAACUCCGCUACGCCUUGAUUCCAGCGCUCGAAUCUCGGGUCAAGGCAACGACGACGACAAAGCCAGACUCAAUGCUCCACGACUCCGUCACAGCAGACGACAUCGCCCGCGUCGUAUCCCGUCAUACCGGAAUCCCAACCCCCUCCCUCCUCGCCUCCGAAUCCGGUCGACUCCUCCACCUCGAAGAUUCCCUCCGGCGCCGCGUCGUCGGUCAAGAUCAUGCACUCUCCGCCGUCUCGGACGCUGUCCGUUUAUCGAGAGCGGGGUUACAGAAUGCGAAUCGACCACUCGGGAGUUUCCUGUUCUGCGGACCCACGGGAACGGGAAAAACUGAACUGAGUAAAGCUUUGGCAGAGUUUUUGUUUAAUGACGAGAAUGCGAUGAUUAGAUUCGACAUGUCUGAAUUCGGGGAGCGGCAUUCCGUCAGCCGGCUCAUCGGUGCACCACCUGGGUAUGUGGGUUACGAGUCCUCGGGCGAGUUGACGGAGUACGUGAGACGGAAACCAUAUGCGGUCCUCCUCUUCGAUGAGUUGGAGAAAUCCCACCCAGACGUCCGGAACCUCCUCCUCCAGGUUUUGGACGAAGGAUUCUUGACAGACUCUCAGGGCCGUAAAGUCGAUUUCCGAUCAACACUUAUCAUCAUGACCUCAAACGUCGGACAAGCACAUCUAUUCUCCGGGGAGGACGGCGCAGAAGCCCUCGUACACGACUCAAUUCGCGCCGCAUUCGCCCCAGAAUUUCUGAACAGGAUCGAUGACACCAUUAUCUUUAAGCCCUUGAGCUCCGAGGCUCUUGGUGGGAUUUUGGAUCUCCGCCUGAACGAGUUACGGAACCGCUUAACGGACCGCCGAAUCACACUCGACGUCACCCCCGAAGUCAAAUCCUACCUCGCAAAAGAAGGGUGGAGUCAACUUUACGGCGCGAGGCCGCUGAAUAGGUUGGUGCAGAAGAAGAUUCUGGUGCCGUUGUCGAAGGGGAUUUUGGAGGGGUGGGUUAGGGAUGGGGAGGUUGUUAGGGUUGGGAUGGAGGAAGGCGAAGUCAAGGUUCUAGGAAGCCGUGAGGGGAAGAAGGAGGGGGAGGUGGAGGAGGUUGAGGGGGUUUGGGAUGGGGAGGUUGAGAGGGAUGGGGGGUAUAGGGAGUAG